AGCAUCCAUGAACUAUCACAGGCGCUUAGCAGUCGAUCGAGUUAUUAAGGCCACCCAGCAGCCUAAUCACUCAUCAACCUUCGUGCUUGUGAUCGAUCAGCUGUUGCUGUGUGUGUAACAAUGGCAGGCAACAACAAGGCCUCCUCGGUCGCGCUGUUCCUCGCCGUGAAUCUGGCGGUGUUCGCCAUGGCAAGCGCAUGCGGUGGCAACUGCCCCACCCCGUCCACCCCGUCGACGCCGACCCCGACGCCGGCCUCGUUCGGCAAGUGCCCCCGUGACGCGCUCAAGUUGGGUGUGUGCGCCAACGUGCUGGGCCUGAUCAAGGCCAAGGUGGGCGUGCCGCCGACGGAGCCAUGCUGCCCGCUGCUGGAGGGGCUCGUCGACCUCGAGGCCGCACUCUGCCUCUGCACCGCCAUCAAGGGCAAUAUCCUCGGCAUCAACCUCAACCUGCCCAUCGAUCUCAGCCUCAUCCUCAACCACUGCGGCAAGAGCGUGCCCACCGGCUUCAAGUGCCUCUAAGCAUUCAGCCGCGCGGCAUGAUCAUGCAGCUGCAUGGAUGAUGGCUCGAAUUCAGGUUUAUUUGGUUUUGUAUACGUGCUAGCUGGUCUGUUGUAUGCAUGUGUUUAUAUGCAUGCAUGCGACGGCCACGCACGUAGCUCUUGUUGUUUGAUCAGCUUUGGCUUUCCGUUGCUUGAUUUCCGAUGUAUGGUUUAAUCGUCUUGUAUUCGAUCGGUGCGUAUGAAUAAAUGGUUUAAUCUGUUCGGUACGUAGGUAUA